AUGGGGCGUGUUAUCCAUUUCAAAUCUCAUACUAGACUUCGUAAAGGUGCCGCUAAGUUAAGAUCAUUAGAUUAUGCUGAACAUAAUAGAUUUAGCAAUAUCGUUGAAAAUGAAAUAGGGAUUUUUUUGCAGGCAGCUUUAACAACAGUUGGCAACAUAUUACCAUUAAAUGCGAUGCUGGAAGAACAUCAGGAAAUUAUGCAACAAUUAUUGGUCAUAACCAUGACGAAGGCAAAGUUGCCAUCAGGAGCAAAAAAAGUAGUGAGUUCAUCUGCUCGCGGAACUGUUGGCAUUGUGGACGUGUUGACAAAACUAUGCUUAAAGCAGGCCGUGCCUAUCAUAGAUAUAGAGUUAAAAGAAAUAGUUGGCCUAAACUCGUGGUGUUGCUAUGAAUCUCGUAGAUCAUCCUCAUGGUGA